GAGGAGGGGGAGGAGCCACACACUGAGCUCCGAUCUGUCCGAGGAGAGGAGAGGAGUCCCCCCCGCUCUGUGCCCCGCUAUGCCCGCCGUCCUCCACUGACUGCCCGCCCGCCCGCCGCCCGUCACCCACCAUGUCCCAGGAGCGCCCCGAGCCCCGGCUCUGCCUCAUCCUCAAGGGGGAGCAAGGCUACGGAUUCCACCUACACGGCGAGAAGAACAAGAGCGGCCAAUACAUCCGCAAGGUGGAGCCCGGCUCACCCGCCGAGCUGGCCGGACUCCGAGCCGGAGACCGAGUGCUGCAAGUCAACGGGGCCAACGUGGAGAAGGAGACCCACCACCAGGUGGUCCAGCGCAUUAAAGCCAUAGAGAACGAGACGCGGUUGUUGGUUAUCGACAGAGAGGCGGAUGAGUACCGGCGGCUUUCACAGUCCAGUUCGCCUCCAGAGUCUCAGCCCAACUCAAGUGCCCCUUCCUCCCCCUCCGUGGGCAACAACAAUGGCGAGGUUUGGAAAACUAAGAACGACACCACCAUUGAAGACCAGCUGCAGAAUAACCACAGUACGGAGAACGGCAAACAGGACAUCAAUGGGCAGGUGAAGGAGAGGUGUCCCCGUCUGUGUACUCUAAAGAAAGGGCCCAAUGGCUACGGAUUCAACCUGCACAGUGAGAAAUCCCGGCCAGGCCAGUUUAUCCGUUCCGUGGACCCCGGAUCCCCAGCAGCCAAAGCUGGCCUGAGACCGCAGGACCGUCUGGUGGAGGUGAAUGGUCAGAAUGUGGACAACGUUAAGCAUUCCGACGUGGUGGCCAACAUCAAAUCCAAGGAAAACGAGACCACGUUACUUGUGGUGGACCCGGAGACAGAUGACUACUUCAAGAAGCUGGGAGUCACCCCCACAGAAGCCUAUAUAAAAGGAGGUUCCAUUCCCCAGCCCCUGACCAAUGGAGUGACCAAGACACAGCUUAAUGGCGGAUCCUCGACUUCCUCAUCUCACAGCGAUCUUCAAAGUCCUGACAAAGACUCGCAGGCAGGUGAUUUGACCAAAAUAGAUCCCUUCGAAGAGAGCGGUCUGCGUCUGAGCCCCACAGCGGCGGAGGCAAAGGAGAAGGCGCGGGCCAAGCGAGCCAACAGACGGGCCCCCCAGAUGGACUGGAGCAAGAAACACGAAAUCUUCAGCAACUUCUGAUCCCUCCCUAUUCACCAACAGCUGGGAUGAGAGCGUUCAUUGGACUUAUACCCCUCACCCGCCACCUUAAAAAAAACAAAAACAAAACCUAAACCACUGCGGAUUAACAAGCGCGGGGAGGAUUAAAACCGACUAACGAGAGGAUGUCACCAAAUUACUUGUUUAACCCUUUUAAGUUACGCGGCAUUUCACGGCAUUUAACGCUGACUUUUUUUGUCUCUUCAGUGCCGGAGGCACCAGGUCUAUUUCACCCCCCCACCAGCUUUGCAGGAGGGAGCCGAUUUUUAUCUCCGAUGAGAUUCUUUUGCCGGUUCCCAGAAUCCUUUGGUGCAAACUAUACUCCUCCAGCAGCACCUCAUGGGCAUUAUUGUCAGGCUGCCCCGUGGACUUUGCCUGGCCUCUACUGAAGAGCCUAAACUAAGACUGGAACUUUUAUUGGAAGCCAGGAAAGAAAAGAAAGCAGAGGGCUGCAGCAGCUCAGCGAGAGUGGUGCAUUGUGGGAAACAAGGCCAGCGAGGUCUCUGCAGCUGCAUUGUAUUCUUCCUCAUGUGUUUAUAAAUCUCCUCCCUCAUC